CAUGGUGAUUUGCUGGGUUGGAUCAUGUGACCUGUUGACAUCCUGCUCAGUGUUGAGCUCACACUGAGUCUCUGCUGACAUCUGCUCUAGGAGGAGUUCUGUUCACAGAGACUAUGAUGGAGAAGCUGAUCAGAAUCAUGUUCCUUCAUAUCGUGAUGAUGAGAUCAUCUCCUGCUGAGGAACUGAAGAGGAACCUGACUGGAGUUGUUGGAGGAAGCAUCACUUUACCAGAUCUUCUCCUGGAGUUUGGUUUUUUUUUAGAUAAACUAAACACUGUUGCUAUGGUGAAAGAUGGAAAACUUGAGAUUCUACUGGAAAAAUACAAGAACAAACUUCACUGGAACAAAGACUCUGGACUCUUUACUCUCACAGACCUCCAGAAGAACGACUCAGACAUUUAUAAAAUCGACUCUAAAAGAGGACUAAUUCUAGCUUUCUCUUAUUCUGUCACAGUAUACGAUCCUGCUCCGACUCCUGCAGUAGAAACCCUGAAUGUGAGCUCUGACAGCUGCUGGUUGCUCUGCUCUGUGGACAAACUGACAGCUCUGCUGUGGUACAGAGACGAGGAGAUACAGAACCAGAACAGUUCUGCCUUGUCCUUACCCAUCACUGUCUACAAACAGGACAGAGACUCAUCUUAUAGAUGUGUAGCAGCCAACCCUGCAGAAAACAAGACUCUUCAUGUUAAUCUGACGACAUCCUGUGGGAUCAACAGCACAGAGUCUGUGGAAUACAACAGGCUAAUAAAACGUCAGAUUUAUUACUGGAAUGUGAUCAUGCUCCCCAUUAAGGUAGCAGCUUUUAUGGUUCUGACUGCAGUGGUUGUCAGACGGAGGGAUCUCUACUCAACGAACCCAACGACGAGUAGAGAUGUCCAUCAGAACCAGUGACUGCUCACCAUGACUGAUGUCCGAGAUGGUUUCUCAGAAACAGCUUCUGAUCAUGAUGUUUGGUUCUCACAGACCUCCACCAUAAAUAAGUAACUUUCAACCUCCCAGGAUGUUCUCACCUGUCCAGGUGAAGCACUGAGAAACCAACUUUAUUCAUUUCUUCAUUUCGUCCUAACCUCAACAUAUCUGUGUCCCUCUCCAUGGACCUUGAAAGUAGGUGUAUAGUUAUAGUUUUGCAAGGAUCUGUAUUAAUAGUUUUAGUUCUUUGUUUGGGGCCCUAAGCAGAGCUGGAUUUGGGUCCCUUUUCUUGUGAAGAGCAUCAGAAGCAACAAAAGCUUUUUAAUCCAGAAUUGGGAGAAUCUGAGGGAGGGGUCAGAGUUUAAAUGGUUGAUCGUUAAAUCAAUCAGGGAUAAUUGGUUAUUAUCUGACGUAUUUGUGAACAAACUGAAGCUCAAACACAAAGAAAAGAUUAAACUCGCAGCAUCGGACUGUAACCAUGGUAACACAGAAAACGAAGAUUAUUUUUUGUAGUUUUCCAAAGUCACGAAUUACCUCACCAGCAGGUAUGAACAUUAUAUAAACAUAAUAAUAUUGAUUUCAGAUGUUCUUUCACCUUUUUUGGAGACAUUUUGUCCUGAUUGUCGGCUCUGAAACUGUGCAGCCGGUUCCGGCUCUUCUUAAACAUAUAAAUGUCCAAAAGUGAUUAGUUUACUGUGUGACAGCUUGCAUGUAUAUUUCAGUGAUGCGAUCCUUUUUAACCGACUCUAAGCAGCUUUAAGAAAGAAAUUUAAUGUCUGAUUGGGACGUCUUGUGGCCAAGCGGAAAAAUUACACAAUUUGAUAAAACGUCUUACAGCUAUUUUCCCCAAAUUAUUAAUUUAACUAAUGUAUACUUUUCCACAUACAAACGUUAUCGUUUAAUGAUAUGUUUGCCUAUUUAAAUAAUCUAAUAAACAGAUGCAGUGGUGACUGA